GGUCUUGGCCACCCUUUGUAAAUAGGGAGGAAUGUGGCGGUGGGAGGGGAGAGUUAGUGCGGCUCCGUCUGCGCUGCUGCCUCGGCGGGUAGGACGGCGGCGGCGGCGCGGCCGGUGCAGCGGGCGCUGUGCGGGGAGGCGGCGCGGGAGCCGGGCGCCCCCCGGGCCGGGGAGGCGGGAGCAGGAGCGGCGGCACCUCGCAGGGGCUCCCGCUCCUGGGAGAGAGGAGGACGAGGGGCUUGUCGGUGCGCUGCUGAGCGAUCGCCGAUGUUUUAUUGAAGGGCCUUUUUUUUUUCCUUCCUUUUUUUUUUUUUUUUUUUUUUUUUUCCCCUGUGCACCCGCCUCCCCGCGACACGGCGAAGGCGGCAGAAGCGAGGAAAGCCGGGGCAGAGCACUGGGAGGCGGCGGAGGCGAUGGGAUAUCCAUAUGUUUGAGUUCUGCUUUAUGAACAAGGGAAGAAGACUAACAACUUGCCUGAACGGGUGAGUUAUCAUCAACCCAAGGGAGAAUUUCUAUCUUAAGGCCACUACAAGAAAGGAACACUACAAAAGAUGAAGGACCUAGCUUGUACUUCUGACUCCUAUGUGCAUGAACAAAGCCCCAGCAACCAGACGUCGAUAGCAAUGAUGCAAGAACCUCAAGAAAUGGUGGAAGAGACGGUUACUGUGGAGGAAGACCCAGGCACUCCUACUUCCCACGUAUCUAUUGUCACUUCUGAAGAUGGAACCACGAGGAGAACUGAAACCAAGGUUACCAAAAUGGUCAAAACAGUCACCACUAGAACAGUGCGUCAGGUCCCGCUUGGGCCUGAUGGCCUCCCGUCGAUGGAUGGCUCGUCGCCCAUGGGCAGCUACACAGAUUCGAUAGACAGAAGGUACAUGAAGAAUGGGGAGCGGUACAUCACACCACAAGCGUCGUCCACGUUAACCAGAUCUUACAACAGCUACAACGAUUCUUACCCUGACAGCCAUGAAGGCCAAUAUCGCCCUUAUAUCGGUCAUGACGGUUAUGGAGAUCUAGGUGAUAACUACGGCAGCUUGUCCCGUGGUGUCAACUACCGUCCUCGCUAUGCCUAUGUGCCAGGGAACAGUUACCGGCCAGAGGAUGGAAGCUUCACUUUGCCAAGCAGAAGGGAUAACUAUGGUCCUAUUGCCCAGCCCCAGGUGCCGGUGGGCAGCAACGUUGACUUGAACCGCUCCCAGCCGGAACGCUUCCAGCCAGAGCCCUACGGGCUGGAAGAUGAUAACCGCAGCCUUGGAGUAGAUGAUGAAGGAUAUGAACUGGAUCCAGAUUACUCCACUGUGAACCGGAGGACAUCUGCAGGCGUGCCAGAGAGAGGAAGACCUCACAAAGGAAGGGGCUACGAUGACCCCAUCGAGACAGAGAUGGUUGAAGAGAGGAUCCCUUACCUUCACGGUGGCUAUGCAGCACCGCUGGCACAGCCAGAGAGGGGAAGCAUGGCCAGUAUUGACCGCCUGGGGAAGCGCUCACCCUCGAUUGACAGCAUUCGGAAAGACCCUAGGUGGAGGGACCCUGACCUCCCUGAAGUAAUUGCCAUGCUCAGCCACCCUAUUGAUCCAGUCAAGUCCAACGCCGCAGCCUACCUGCAGCACUUGUGCUACGAGAACGAUAAAAUCAAAAAGGACGUGAGGCACCUUAAAGGGAUCCCUAUCUUGGUGGGCCUACUAGAUCAUCCAAAACCAGAGGUCCAUCGCAAAGCCUGUGGGGCUCUCAGAAACAUCUCGUAUGGGAAGGAUAAUGAAAACAAGGUGGCUAUAAAGAACUGUGAUGGCAUCCCAGCUUUGAUCAGACUAUUGCGAAAAACGAAUGACAUGGAAGUCAGAGAGCUAAUUACAGGCACCCUAUGGAACUUGUCCUCCUAUGAGCCCCUGAAGAUGGUCAUCAUCAACCACGGUCUGCAGACGCUCACCAAUGAGGUGAUUAUACCCCAUUCCGGCUGGGAGAGCGAGCCAAAUGAGGACUCGAAACCUCGUGACGCUGAGUGGACAACUGUCUUCAAGAACACUUCUGGCUGCUUACGGAAUGUAAGUUCAGAUGGAGCAGAAGCACGCAGAAGACUAAGAGAGUGUGAUGGCUUGGUGGAUGCCCUCCUUCAUGCUCUACAGUCUGCAGUUGGCAAGAAGGAUACAGAUAAUAAGUCUGUGGAGAACUGCGUGUGCAUCAUGCGGAACCUUUCCUAUCAUGUCCACAAAGAGGUCCCCGGAGCUGAUAAGUACCAAGAACUAGAUGCCAGCCAGACUAUGAGCACGGGAGGCUCCCAGAAAAAGAAGAAAGAUGAUGCUGGCUGUUUCGGUGGGAAAAAAGCUAAAGAGGAGUGGUUCAAUCAAGGAAAGAAGAAUGGAGAUUUGGACAGGAAUUUUGAUACACUUGAUUUGCCAAAGCGGUCUGAAACAGCAAAAGGCUUUGAAUUAUUGUACCAGCCAGAUGUGGUUCGGCUGUACCUCUCCAUCCUCACGGAAAGUCAGAAUUUUAACACUCUAGAAGCUGCAGCAGGGGCUUUGCAGAACCUCAGUGCUGGGAACUGGACAUGGUCCACGUACAUCCGUGCAACGGUGCGGAAGGAGAGAGGCUUACCGGUGCUUGUGGAGCUGCUCCAGUCUGACUCGGACAAGGUUGUGAGGGCUGUGUCAAUUGCCCUGAGAAACCUUUCCAUGGAUCGUCGCAAUAAAGAUCUUAUAGGUAGUUAUGCCAUGGGUGAACUGGUAAGAAAUUUGCCCAGCAGGCAGCAGAGGUCUUCAAAGAACCUGGAAGAGGAUACAGUUGUUGCGGUGUUGAAUACAAUCCAUGAAAUCAUUACUGACAGUUCAGAAAACGCAAGGUCUCUGAUCCAGACGCAGGGCAUUCAGAAGUUGGUAGCUAUCAGCAAGUCAAGCCAGUCUCCCAGAGAAACAAAAGCAGCAUCUCACGUUCUUCAGAUGAUCUGGAGUUAUAAAGAGCUACGAAAUGCCCUGCAGAAGGAUGGGUGGAACAAGUCACACUUCCAGGUAGAGAUGUCCGUUUCUGCAGCUCCAAAGGGUUCCAAAGGUACCGCUGGCAGGUCUGGCUAUGACGACAGCACUUUGCCUCUGGUGGAUAAAAGUCAAGAUAAUGAGAAGUCUGGGAGUCGUGAUAUGAUACCUAUGGAUGAACUUGGCCCAGAUGGGUACUCCACUAUCGAUCACCGGGACAAGGAGCGCAAAUACAAGACCAGUGAUAACACCGGGGAUGCCUCAGAGAAAGAACCUUUAAAAAAUGACACAAAUAGGAAAAACAUUAACAGGAGUAACAGGGCUUCGGUGAAUCUGGUGGAUGCCCGUGACAUUAAACCCCAGCCUGUUGACUCCUGGGUCUAAUUUGCAUGCAUGGGCUAGAGUCCAACCACAUUUUUGUAAUUGAGGGGGGAAAAAAACAUUGAACUGACACAGAGGAUCUCAUCAGUCACCACUGCCAUUCAGACUUGGAGGGCGCUGCAUCACUGACCAGGCUGCAGAUUCUAGGAGGGCGUGGGGAGAAGACACAGCUGCCUGCCAUCGCCAACGCCGGAGCACCAUGCCUUACAGCGAGACAGUUUGCUUUUUGACUCAGUUACAUUCCCAGCAGAAAUAGCUGCCUCCCCCUCCCUCCCUCUCCUGCGAGAAGAAAGCAAGCAAGAACAGAGAAUCCAAGCUCCCAUCUAGCUGGCUGCCUUCUUAGGUGGCUCUUACGUGUGGAUGGUGCCAAGUAUGAGAAGUGAAGGUCAUGCGGCAGCAGAGGACAGCUUCACAAGUGAAAGAGAUACUGCAGAAUAUUUGAAAUAUCGUAGGUGUAGUCAUGAAAAUAAUAGCACUUUUCUGAUUUGGGGCUCUUUUUUGUUUUGGGGUUUUUGUUGGUUUUCUUUUUCUUUUUCUUCUUUUUUUUUUUUUUUUUUUUUUUUUUGAACUGUGAAUCUAACAUUUUUAAGGUUUUUUGACAAAUGUUGAGGUUUUCUUCGUUAUUUCCACAGGAAGUGCAGGAAUGUUGAGUGGGUAUGUUGGAUUUCAAUCAAAGGAGAAAAUAAAGAACAAAAACUACUAAAUGCUGGUCGAAUGAACUGGAGAGUAGAUGACAAAAUUGCAAGCUGUAUAAUCUGCUUUUAGAGUAAGCUAUAUCAAUCACAGUGCUAUAUUAUCAUUAUAAUCUGGUGUACAAUACUUCUGCCGUUUGAAUUCCUUUAAUGGCUCUGUUUUUACUUCCACAUAUGAAAAAUAGUCUAUUGAAGGUUUCAGUGUCCCCAAUUCAGAAAUCUCUGAGAAAUGGAGUUGGCUGGCUUUUUAUUUUCUUUUUCUCAAAGAUUGCAAUAAGGAGCUCUUACAUUUUAAAUGUACCAGUGUUGCAUUGACGAUGAUUUAAUCUUUAACAUUAUUUCUUUUGCCAUAGCUGUUAACACGUUGAAAGAAAACAAGAGCUUCUUUGUAGAAUGUUUUAUUUUGAAUACGCUAUAAACUUUAGAUGGGUCUAUCACUUAUACUUCAUGGUAACUUGAUCACUGUUGGAUCCAUGUUUGCUUUGAGCUAUAGAUCCUGAUGAAAAAUGCCACAAAGGGAACUGGCUUGGAGUUUUUUAAAUCAUCAUCAUGGUUUCUGUGUUGCUGUGGCUUUGUUUUGAGAUUACAUAUUUCAGUUGGUGUGAGAAUCACCCAUGUGCAAAGGUUCUCCUCUAAGGUGCUGAGGCCUGCUCUCUGUAAGGGGGAAUUUUUACCUCAUGAGAACAUACUCUGCAUAUACAGUAUCUGGAAAUGCUAUGAACUAAAUGACUUCAGAUCACUGAUUUUCUCCAGGCAUUGGUCAAGGCAGGGCAGCAGAUGAGAACAGGAAGCGCACGUCUCAUUAGUAGCAUCAGACGCCUUUUGCUGAUUUUGUUUGGUUGCCAUUAUUCUUUGGUUGCCAUGUUUACUCCAAGCUCCUAAAAACGGUGUGACUGGAAAGCACAUUUUUUAAUCUGGCAAAUGUCAUUUGGGUUUUCAGUGCCUGCCGUUUCCUUUGUACUUAAAAAGGGGAAAUACCCAACAACCUCACCUCCCACAAAAUAUUACUGUAAUGGUAAACACCUAAAUUUUUUGUAAAAAAUUAAAAAACUUUUUAAAAAAAAGGCAAGUACCAAGAGCUUUGUAUCUUCUUGAGUAUAUUAAAAAUUUGACAUGAAUACAUAUAUAUAAAUAAAUAAAAAUAUCUAUAUAUCUAUAUAUAUAUAUUGUUGUGCAGAGGAUAGGUUGACAAAACCAUGUUAAGUAGUUUGCAGGAGAAGGAAGCAUUUGUUGAUUCAGGGAAAAAGACUGAUGCCAGAAGCUGUCAGUGAUUUGGAUGAUACAUGUGCUCCUUUGCCCCCUCCCUUUCCUGACCUUCAUCUUCCAUGCACGUUGCAGUGGUCGCUUCUGGAUCCUAGGGAAGGUGAAGUUGCUGGGAGCAAACUAAGAUAGCAAAGGUUUGUCUUUUCACCUGCAUGAGAGUCCUAUUGAGCCAAAGAUGCUCAGCGGAUCAAGGGAAGCGAAGAGAUAUAUCCGUGAUUAUCUGCAUUUGUGUCAGGGGCAGUGUCUCUCUAUGUGUAGACAUAAAGUGUGGCAACAAAACCAGAUACAUAGUUUGACUGUAUAUUCUAUCAAUGGUGCUCUUUUCAUACUUGUUCUGCCAAUAUGCGGAGACCCUUUUAACCAAGCUACACAGAAGAGUUUUAUAUCACUUUUGGUUAUGUACUUGGUGUAUUCUUUUUGUAUAUGAAAGGAUUUUUUUAAAAACGCUCAGUAAUUAGCAAUGGAACCUGCUUUGUAGCUGAUGAGAACAGCAUAAGAGAAGGGCCGUGCUGUCAGUCUGUCCCUGAUCUACUUCAGUCCAUAUAUUUACCAAAGGAGUCUGAGCAAAAGUUCACUUAAAAUAAAGACCUGACUAUUGAAAGGAGUCUCUGCUAAGACUUUGUGAUUUAGUUAUUGUACAACUAUUCAAAGCCAGCAAGAGGUUAACAGAGAAAACCGCAGGAGGGGGGAAGUGAUGUGACUAGAGGCUGAUAGUCCAUGGCCUCCUUCGCGGGGUAUCUUGUGGCUCUCAGUGGGGCACUAUGGUGAUGCUCCAAAUCUGGAUUGGAAUCUACUUUGGCCUCUGUCAUUAAUGGGCCAGGCUAAAACCAUUGAGGAAUAUUUGAGAAGCAAAUCCAGACCCUAUCCCACUUCUCCCCCGAAGUUGUUUUUGUGUUUAUACUGCAUCUUGCAAUAUGCAGACCUCCCUAUCAGUUUAGAUGGAAUUGGCUGCCCAGGUUCAUUGUAGCAAACUGCUCCUCUUUUUUUUCCUGGGUACAGUGUUCAUGGCAAAAUGGCUUACUGCUACAGAAGAGCAAAGGAUGGUAUACCAAGAGGUCAAACGUCAAGUCCAUGUGCCAAGACCUCCUGGAAAUCACAUGUCUUACCCCCCUCCUUCCAACACCUCACCAUAAUGAUUAAUUCCCAAGUAUGCAGCAAUAACCAGUACCCAUCAAUUGCACUGCAGUGAUUUGCCCUUCUCCCCAAACUGUUCUUUGGAUGUUGAGCAAGGGAAAUAGAUAGGGGCAGGGGUGACUGUACAUGAGACUGUCACUUUGUAUUAUCAGCCCACCAGCUAAAGUCCAAAGCAAGAGAUUUGAACCUGGUGAAAUACCCAGUGCCCUUCAUAUCUGCAACCACAAGCUUACUUGUGUAAAGCCCUGAUGGGAUGUGUGCCCUCACCUGUCCUUACCUCUCCCCUUGUUGGUACAAUGCAUCUGGGCUGUUCGAGCUGUUCUGGGAUGUGGGUGAAUGAACCAGUAAAUGUUGAGUUUAUUUUAGCAGCAGGGAUCGUACGUAAAGAAGGGAAAGCGGCAGUGUGCAUGUGUGUGACUAAAGCUGCAGUAGGGUCUAGAGCCCCCUGCUAAAGGCAGGUAGUGCUUUUUAGGGCUCAGGUGUAUGUGACCUCCUGUUCUCCUGUUGGCUCCACUGUGAAAACUGGAAGGAAUCUGCUGGUGAAGGGCUGGGGUAGAAGGGAUUUUUAUCUACAGAACUUCUAGUGCAAGGGAUGGUUGUGGAAGGAAGAGGUGGUGUUGCAGGAUUCCUGUGAAGAGGGGAAGGGGAUUUGUUGGCCCAGUGAGGGCUAGAUAACAUGGGGGAGGGAGGAGACUUCUGAUGGCAAAUAACAACUGCAGAACUUUGUUCCCUAGGAGGUGACUUGCACAUCUCCCAGGUAUCUCUACUAAGCUGUGGAGGUUUAAAAAAAAAAGAAGAAAAGAAAGAAAACACACUUAAUAUUGGUGGGAUUGCUGCAAGUCAAGACUCCCUUACUGAAGCAUCGAGUUGAGUGUGUGAGCAAUUGUGGCAAGUCAGUAGGGCACUGCAAUUAAGGCUUCCCAGGGUGGUUGGUCUGCAGAAUCCAACAGCUUGGGCAGCCAUAGGUCCUGAUCUUCUGUGUCUUCUUGGCAAAACACCUGCCUAUCCUAGUUCUACUUUUAUUGCACUCAGACAUGCAGCUUCUGAACGCUUCUGCAUCAUGAAAGCAAAUCUUGUCUCCUUUGUCAAGACAUCACAAAGAGAGCGAGUGAUUUGGGGCUAGGAACUGACUUGUGAUAAGUGACACACAAAAAAAGCAGGGAGUUGCAUGCUUGUUACAGCAGAUUAGUAGGUCCUUGCCAGCUCUGAUGAGUAGUUUUUAGUGAUGGUUUUCUAGCAUGCAAGGCUUAUGCUCGGCAAAACAAUUUUCAAUCCUUGAGCAGUUUCCAGAGCUGGAAGGUGGUGAGUUACCUUCUGUUACUUGCCUUAAAAUUGAGCUUAUAGGGCUCAGCUACCUGUGAGAAAGAGGCACAUCUUAAACCCUUAGAGUAGGCAAAGCUUCCAAAGCCAAAUGGACAUGUUAGAGAGUGGUUAUAGUCUCUUCUGCUUUCUAACUGCUCGCUCAGUGAAAACUACAGUGUGCCAAUAUCUUCAGUCCACACGUCUGUGCUCUUGGGUUUGGGUCAUGCUUUCAUGUUUUUUGAAGGUGUUUAUAUAGGCAUAGUUUCUCAGAAAGCUUGAGCUGAUGCCGCUAAAAUCUGGUAUUUCCUUAUCUUUGACAAAUUCUCUGAUUUAUUGGUACACUAACUAACCUAGUACAUUAAGGGAAGGUAUUACAAACCCUUUUUUUUUUUUUUUUUUUUCUCCUGUCUUAAGUUUUACAUUGGGGUAGGAUAAUCUGAAGUCCAGUUGCAAGAUGAGGAGGAAGAUAGCGCAAAUACUACAAGGCCUGCCAAUCUGGUUCUUACUGUUCAGAAAAACAAAAUAACUAGAUUAAGAAGCUUACUGGUAAUUAGUAGCUAAUGUGUUUGUAACUAUCAUGUGCCUUAAAAUUUUCAUGGUAGGAGAAUAAAAAAAUCAACAAUGUGUUUUCUGUAAUACUGCUCGACAUUCUCUCUGUAGUUUAGACUGGUGGGAUUUUGCAUUGUAUUUACACUGUACUAUAAACUGAAACACUUAGAAUGGUUUGAUUUUAUGAGUAUGGAGGGGAAGAAAGGUGGAUUAUGCUUUUCAUAGAACAAAUGUUACCGUGACAGAAUGUAUUAUUAUUAUAGGACCUUUCCAUAACACAGACAAGUAGAAUGCUUGUUAGAAACCAGGUAUGUAGGAUAACAAUUUGGUGUGUUUUCAAUAAACCAUGCCUGGAAAGAA